UGGAGACCCAUCCUCUGUUCUGUUUGUUUGGCCUUCUCGUUUUUAUCCCCAUCGAAAGGAUAGAGGUGGGAGGCGCAGGUGGCAGACAGCUCGCGGCGAUUUCUGGUGAUUUUUGUUCCUCUCCUCACCAGAUCGAGGGAACUGAGGCGAGAGGGACAGUGAAUCGGUGCCGGGCGUGUGCUCAUCGACGGCGGCAACACCAGCGAUACGGCAUUUUAUUGACAAUGCCACCAGGAUAGGGGAGUGGCUGUCAUGAUCCAGAAGAUGAUCAUGAAAUGGUUGAAUCAGCUAGCGACAGGGAGGAUGAUACUUUUGGUGGCACUGCACACAAAGAAGUGCAUGGGCAGCGUGAGCUACAAACGAAUAUUGAAGCACUAGAUGAUGAUACACUUUUUGCCAUUGUUAAGAAAAUAGUUUGUGUUGGAGUCAGGAAGAUAAUAUCCUCUGCAAAUGCACCUAUUGAUGGCAUCAACACGGUCCCCAAUGGCGCUGGUGGUUGUGGCAUAUCAGGUCGUGGCUCUGGUCGUCUUGCUCCAAAAAAGACAAUCACCAAGCUAAAUGUUUCUUUCUUUUCGGAAGUCAUUCAGUCAUUGAACCCAGACAAACGAACAAUUAUACAAUCCUAUGGAUUUGGCUCACUUCUGCUCUUCGACAAGUGUUCCAUACCACUCCCCUUCGCUCGCUGGAUAGUGGAUCAUGUGGCAGUCAGUAGCUCAAGCAUUGUUGUCAACAACAGAUCUAUCCCCUUGAACCCUCAGAUAAUCCAUGAUGUUUUAGGAAUCCCCAUUGGUGGCCAGAUAAUUAGGAAAGCUGAUCCCGAGAGCGGCAAGGGUGAAUUCCUGAAUUCAAUGACUCUGACAACUUUUCCAUCAGCUAAGGCUUUCGGUGACAAUUUGUCAAAGGAAAACAUUUCAGAAGAUGAUCUUGUGCGCAGUUUUCUCAUAGUUGCUCUUGUUACAUUUCUAUGCCCAAACUCAACGACACACCCCAGCACUGAGUACCUUCAGCCCUUGGUGGAUGUAAAGAAAGCAAAUGAGUGGGAUUGGAGUGAGUUUGUCCACUACUGGUUGCUAAAACAGAUCAAGGAGUAUAAUGGACUUAUGAAGAAUGUGGAUCAUUCCUCCAUCAUCAUGUGUGGAUGCUUGUACACUAUUUGUGUUGUCUAUCUUGAUUUCUUAAAUCUUGAUCAUCAACAAUUACCAUCCACUUUGCCAAGGCUUGUUGAGUGGAAAGGAGACAUGAUCGAGGAGAAGGCUAAGCUUGACUCUGUACAAGGGCAUAUAUAUGGAAAACAUCCUAUACUACCACUGAAGUUAACCUGUUAUCAUAAGAGGACCAGCGCACAGAUCCAAUCCCCUACAUGUGUUAUUGAUGGUUCUAUGUUCAAGAAGUCUUUGACUAAAUGUGUUGAAGGAAAUAUGUCUCAUAAGAUAUUGGAUGAUCUUACCGCUUUGUACACAAAGCAUGCAAAUGCACCAACAGAUUUUGCCGCAGAAAAUGCUCAAAAUAUCAUUCUAGAUGUGAUGAGUUACUUCUACCAGCAUGCUGGUGCAAAAGAGAGGCCCAAGUGCAACAAUGAGUGCUGUAGAGUUGUUUUUGACAAUGACCCUGCACAUGCUGUACAUUCAAGUGGGGACCAGGUCAAGAGUAGUUUGCAUGAGAACAAUGACAUUAUGGAUCGUGAGAUUCGCACCAACAUCCACAUGGAUUAGAGUCCGUAGUAUGUGCACACACAAUAUUCCGUCCUUCUGGAAGCGCCCACAUAUACAAAUGUAGUUUUCUUGACUCAGAUCUACUAGAACCAGGUACUUUCUUGGCCUAAUUUCUCUUUUUGCAUGCUCCUCAGAUUUAUAAAUCAUGUAAACCUUGCCCUUUUCAACUUCAUUUGCUUGGUAUCUACCUGUUGCUUUGAUCAACUGCUGAAAUUGGUAGAAUAUUUGGGUGUUGUACAAGUCCCUUGCUUGUUUUUCAAAAGCAUAUGUAGGGUGCAGCAACACUACUUCUUAUGCCUUGUUCUUAUCUCUUAGAUUUCCUUUUUCAUCCAUGUUUUUUUAUAAUCCUAUCAUACUCAUGUACAAAUAAGAUCAAGCUAGACGUCGGUCCAACAUUAUCCUUAAAUAUUGCAUUUGUACCCUCACUUCAAGAAGUAGAGCAUAUAAACGGGAAGAACUUGUCCUUGAAGUAAACUAGAACAAACAUUUCCCUGUUUUGAUACAUUGCAUUCAAAUACUUCAAAUGAUGUACUUUGUGUUUAUGUACCAUGUAACUCCACAACCUCUCAAAUUCCUACUUUGUUAGGCAAUUAUAAACAAUGUCAUAGAAAUCCAUAGCAAACUUUGGAUUUCCAGAUAAAGUUGUUCCCAAAAGAAUUUCUGCUUUAGACAUAAUGUGGAAAAGGCAGUUCAUAUGUGUUGCAUCUGGAAAUUCUUGUUCAAUUGCUGCUCUCAUCGCUCCAUCUUGAUCCGUAACUAUUGAUAUUGGGGCUUUUCCACUCAUGCACGCACGAAAGGUGCUAAACAAACACCUGAAGGUCUGUAUUGUUUCGUCGCUAAGGACUGCACCAGCAAAGAGACCAGAAUAUGUUUCGCACUUUGUUGUCUUCAUCAGCAUCGAAAGAAAAGAAGAACAUAGGAUCUUCAGCAUGCUUCUCUUUUAGGAACUUCACAACUUGAGUAAUGUGCAAGCAAAUUGUGGUUAUGCUCAAGAUUGAGCCUAGUAACUAUCCACACAUCGCCCCUUUUUGUUAUCACCAUCUCUGGCGGACAAUUUGUCUUGUCAACAAUAUCACAUCUCCUCUUCCUUGCUGCUGGAACAGGUGCUGCUUCAUCUGUGGUGAUAGGCACAUCAACAUUCUCAGAAGCAAUUGAUAUGCAAGGUUGUACACCCACAUGUGCAUCAACAUUCUCAGAAGCAAUUGAUAUGCAAGGUGCUACACCCAGAAUGUCAUGGUCUUCAUACUGUACCUCUGCAAGUGUGUUCAGACCCUCACCUGGUUGUUCAAUCUCUGCAUCAUGACACAUAGGGGCCGAGUGCAUAUGAUUUAGUAGCAGUUCAUCAUUCAUUCGUUCUAGGAUCUGUGCAUCUGCUUGUUGUUAUGUGAAGAUCAUGCUGCAUAGCCAAAAGAAGUUGUCAAAUGCUGGAUCAAAAUCAUCAGAUGUCAGCAUGUGCAUCAAAGAGCCAACUGGAGCCUGCAGAAGAGGGGAAAAGAAAAAAAUGAUGUUACCUGCCUCCAAUCAUUUCGUGGAACAUCAUGUUCUUUUGGACCUCUACCCCAAUUGUUUGCAGUGAAAUUUCCCACCUAAAGCACAAAAUUGGAACAACAAUCAGCAGAACCAACAAAGGGGCGGCUGUCACCAUGAGGCAUCAUUAUUCACUUUUUUAAUUAAUUGAGUUUGAGAAAGUGCCCCUGAGGUCACAAGUCAUCAGCUGGAAGGAGGAACACCCAAGAGGAUAACAUGGGAGGUCGGGGAGAGAGGAACUGACAUUGUCUGCCGAUGCAUCCUGCUCAUAUUCUUGUUGAUCCCCCCAAUGGAUCUCCAUCUGCUGCUUUCUCUUGCUUCUGGGAAGGUUUUCCUCCAUGGUUUCACGGGGCUUACCCAGCAGAUCUGUUUUUCCUUUUGUGUGUCUGGGGAUGGAGGCAGAUCUAUGAUAUAUCACAUUUUUUGGCGGCUACCAUACCAUACACGGCCGCCUCUUUUUUCUGUGUAGUUAUUAGAUCAAUUUUGUUAACCUAUGUAAUGGGCUAAUGGUAUAAUUUUUUUUUGCGUGUUCUUG